AUGGAUAUGAGGUGGUUUGAUUCAUCCCUCAAUUCGGAUACGGAUUUCGAAGAAGAGUUGUAUGAUGCCUUGGUAUACGAUAGAAAGGAUGUGUUUGUGUGCUUGUUGAACGACCUUACCCGGGAAGAAUUUGAUAUCUUGAAUCCUUUGGAUUGGAUACUUUGUAAUGAUUCUGUACACUGUUUGGAAGCCGUGCUGAAUGGAGAAACCGCUGGAUUGUUCGAAAUCGAUGUCAAUUCUGGUCCCAUAUUGCAUUCUGCUGCUCGUUAUGGAGCCACUAAGAUAACCGAAUUCUGUCUGCCUCCAAAUGAGGUUCAGGUGAACCUUGGAAUUGAUGUUGAUGAUGAUGGUUUGAAAGGGUUGCUUCCCCUGAAUUUAGCUCUUCGACGUUUAUGGUUUGAAAUCGAGGGAUGGCGCGAUCGGCAAUCCAAGGAAUCCUCAGAAUGGAUAUCUGAACCUAGUCCGGAGGAACCCGAGCGGCGUUUGUGCAAAAAGGACGCUGAAGCUGUGAGAUUGCUGGCUUCCAAAACUGUUGAAAUCGAACAAGAAUUACUCAAGUACCUGAAAGAAGGAAAACUGCUCGAGUUGACUGCCUUGUUGAUGUUUGCUCGCGAUAGGGUUACGCCUUGUUUGGAAGGAGGCUCUAAAACUCGAGACUUUGUUCUCCAAGAGAUUGCAGCUCUGAAAAUUUUCAUUUUUAGGUCCACUUGCGACUUUGACAAAGGCAAGUUGGUGUUUGAGGCCCAAAAGAAGAAGAUGGAGAUGGAAGCCGUACUAUUGUUGCUUGAAAUAUUCGACAGAGUCGGAGAUAAAAUUGAAGCUUACUUACACUGCAGUGAAGGAGAUUCAGAGCCUGAUGAUGUUAGAGAAGUUUGUUGGAUCUUGAAGGAAGCAGGGUUUGAUGCAGAGUUUGAAAUCUUAGAUGAGAAAAACGAUAGCUAUUCAAGUGGUUAUCAUUUGAGUCCUUGGGAGGAUUCUUACCACAGUGCAUCUUGCAAGGCAAUAGGCCGCCGGGGGUUUGGUACUUCUGCAAUGGCAAAGAAAGUUGGUUCCAGGUCUGACUUCUCGUCCCAGUCCUUCCACCAUAAACAUCAUCAUUUUGUGAGAGCCAGUGGCGAUCUGGAAUCCACGACAAUGGAUAGAAUGAAAGGCAUUCUGUCCAAGCUGCAAUUGAAGAAAGAAUAUCAGGAUUUCGGCAAGUCUGGGAGAAUGAGUAGGGCAUCAUAUUUGCGAGAAUGUGUUUUAUCUGCAGAAUCAAGGCGGCGGAUUGUUUGGAUUACUAAUAAGCUUGGACGUGUUUGA